AAAUGGGUAAAUUUCAUGAAAAUUGGGAUGGUUUCAUCCCUCUAAGAGAUUCGAAUAAUAAAGUCUGCGGUGCUGAGUGCCAAGGAUGUAAGAAGAGAUUGGUUAAAAGAGACUCUGACACUCUUCUUAAUCACAAGAAUUAUUGUAAGCGGACAAAAAAUGUGGAAGCCUUGCAAACACGUGAUGUAAAUGUUCAAUCAAGUGAUUCAAAUGCAUUGCUGCCACGUUCAGAACCUGUAGAUGAUUCACAAGAAGUUGAAACAUCUAAUAGGACAUCACUUUAUGCAUUUAAGCUUAUCACAUGAUAUGAUGAUGCAAUUUUUCGAAGAGGCUUUAGCCAAUGAGGCAUUUGAAAUUCUAGGAGAUUAUUUAGAUAAAGGUGGAGCAUUCAAGCGUCUAUUUGAAAAAAAUUCGACUUUCUGUUCUGAAAGGUUUUGGCACAUAGCCAAAGUUUACUGUAAAAAAGAAUUACCUAAUUUUGCCUUGAAUAUUUUAAAUAUCGCAGCUAUACCAAGAAAAAUCAACAUGAAUAAGUUUUUAAAAUUAAGAUCUGAUUUAGUUGAUAAUGCGUCUGAAGAUC